GACGACCACAACAGCGACCUUUGCUUGGACCUUGCUCUUGCCACCUUUCUUUCUAACCAUUGGCAUCUCCAACAAUGGCAUCUGUAUCAGCACUACCACCCUUGGAGCCUCUUUUGAAAAUGAGUGCAAAAAGGACGCGAGCCGUUUUUGCUUCCUGCCCAGACGAAGGUCUCAACAAAGAGGAUGAGAAAAGUGCUCGCAUACGUUUGUCGGUAAAGAUCAACGACGAAUACAAACAUUGCAAGGAGCUCCCACCCGCUUUACUCGCACAACAAGGACCUGUAGGUCCUGCACGACGCUCAGAGAAAAGAUUGGCCAUAACCGCCGGACCUUCGAAUAGCACUUCACAGAUGAUCGCUGCAAUAGACAACUCGCCGAGAACUCAGCCUUCAACAUUCAGUACAUCAAGUAAACUCUCCGAGGCACUCACGCUGCAUAAAACUACGCGUGUCAUAAAACCCACUUAUCACGCACCUUGGAAACUUGUUCGGGUCAUAUCUGGUCAUCUUGGCUGGGUUCGUAGCGUCGCAGUUGAGCCGGGCAAUAAGUGGUUUGCGACCGGUGCAGGAGACCGUGUCAUUAAAAUAUGGGACUUAGCAUCCGGAGAACUAAAACUAUCGCUAACGGGUCACAUCUCUACGGUGAGAGGGCUAGCGGUAUCGUCAAGGCACCCUUAUAUAUUUUCCUGCGGAGAGGACAAGAUGGUGAAAUGUUGGGAUCUAGAAGCUAACAAAGUUAUUCGCCAUUACCAUGGGCAUCUUUCUGGUGUCUACUCUCUCAGUCUCCAUCCAACCCUUGAUGUAUUGGUCACGGCAGGAAGAGAUGCCUCUGCUCGUGUAUGGGAUAUGCGAACAAAGGCUCAGAUCCACGUCCUUGCCGGUCAUUCUGCCACAGUCGCCGAUGUUAAAUGUCAGGAAUCUGAUCCUCAAGUUAUCACUGGUAGCAUGGAUUCUACAGUGCGAUUAUGGGACCUUGCAGCAGGAAAGACUAUGGUUACUCUGACCCACCACAAGAAGUCUGUGAGAGCCCUCGCCAUACAUCCAACCGAAUAUUCGUUCGCUUCUGGCUCGGCUGGUGGGAAUAACAUAAAAAAGUGGAAAUGUCCAGAAGGGACUUUUGUAUUCAACUUCCCCGGACAUAACGCCAUCAUCAAUACGAUGUCUGUAAACGCUGAAGGAGUUUUCUUCUCGGGCGGUGAUAAUGGCACCCUGACUUUCUGGGAUUAUGACACAGGCACCCCAUUCCAACACCUCGAGGAUGUUCCUCAACCUGGGUCACUCGAAGCAGAAGCGGGUGUCUUUUGCUCAACUUUCGACAUGACAGGUACACGUCUUAUCACUGGUGGAGCCGAUAAAACAAUAAAGGUGUAUGCUGAGCAAUCGCAAUAGUGUACUUGUCCUGUAUCCCUAACCAUUCUCCUGAUCCUACUGGUAUUGAUGUAUUCACACAUUAUUGAACCCUUCAUCUACGGUAUGUUGUUUCAUAUUCAAUUUAAUGGAUGCAGCAUAUAUUGGGGCAGGAU